AUCUGUCGUUUGCGCGUCUUCUGGGUUUCUCUCUGUCUUUUCCAUUUUUAUUUUUUCGUCACUGAAGCGAAUCUUCUCGUCGUUUCUCUCUACCUCACUCAUCUCAGUGUUAGGGUUACGAUUCAGCAGAGCAUUAUCUCACAACUAUUUCGUCUGAACUCACUCUCCCAACCUCUCUCUCUCUCUUUCUCGGUUACUCUACCUCUUUGUCGGUACCCCAAAUUUUCUCCAUUCGAAGAACUUUUUUAGGUGUUUAUUCAAACUCAUCAGAUAAAUUGAAGAAAUGUAUACCGAGGGAGCCCCUGAUUUUGUCAUUGACCAGAGCAUGUAUUACCCCGCUUAUUACUGUUCAGGUUAUGAUUCAUCCGUCGAAUGGGAGAACCAUCAGGUUAUUGCUGGUGUAGAUGGUUCAGAGGUCCAAUACACGGGUGGGCAAAAUGAAAAUUCUCCCUAUAUAUGCUAUACACCAAGUUAUGGAUAUGCACAGUCUCCUUACAAUCCGUACAAUCCUUACAUACCAGGCGCUUCAGUAGGCGUUGACUCUUCGUUUGUUGGAUUCCAGCAGUAUUACUCCAGCGCCCCGUAUGAGAAUGCUGCAUCCUCGCCUACUUAUGUUCCAUACGUUAUUCAGCCUGAUAUUGUCUCGAAUAGUUCAACAGACUCUUUGGUAGCGACUGAUUUAGCCAAUGGUGGUCAAUGUGAUAUAAGAGGAUCCAGACAGAGAGAUGGUUCAGCAAUUUCCGGGUUCCCAAAAGAUGCUCCAAAAUCUUCCACAGUUAAUUCUUUGGAUAGGACCUAUGAGAAACUAAGGUCUAGCACUGGACAGAAUAAACAGCCAGGAGUCUCCAAGAAUGAUUUCGCUCCAGCUCCUGCACAUUCUCUCCAGGGCAAAACUGCUCCCGUUGACAGUGUUUCCAGCAGCAGACGCUUGUCUUAUGGGCAGUUAGACAUUGCUAAUGGGUUUUCAUCCGUUGCCUCAAAUAGUUACAAACCUCGUUCCAAGAUGUAUGAUGGCGUGGGUGAUAACCACCUCACUCGAAGUCCAGAUACGAGCGAACAUUAUCGAGGUUCAAGAACGAGAAGAUCAAGAAAUCAGUUUGUUGUCAAAGCUUAUACAACCAAAGCUGGAAAUGCUGAUGCAGAAGGAAACAUUGUGAUAAAUCCUGAUCAAUAUAAUAAAGGAGAUAUCAGAACAGAUCACAGCAAUGCCAAGUUUUUUGUGAUUAAAUCGUAUAGUGAAGAUGAUGUUCACAAGAGCAUCAAAUACGGUGUCUGGUCAUCAACACUGCAUGGGAACAAGAAAUUGCAGAGUGUAUAUGAAGAUGCUCAGAGAAUAGCCACUGAGAAGUCUUGUGAAUGCCCUAUUUUCUUAUUCUUUUCUGUCAAUGCCAGUGGUCUGUUCUGUGGUGUGGCUAAGAUGACCGGUCCAGUUUCCUUCAACCGAGACAUGGAUUUUUGGCAGCAAGACAAAUGGAGUGGAAGUUUUCCUGUCAAAUGGCACAUCAUUAAAGAUGUUCCUAAUAGCUAUUUCAGGCACAUAAUUUUACACAAUAACGAGAAUAAGCCAGUGACCAACAGCCGAGACACACAAGAGGUAAUGCUGAAACAAGGACUCGAGGCGCUAAAACUAUUCAAAAAUCAUGCGGAAAGGACUUCCCUAUUAGAUGAUUUUAUGUACUAUGAAAACCGCCAGAGACUCAUGCAGGAAGAGAAAGCAAGACUUCCAUUCAGGACCUUUCGCAGCCCAUUUCCCAUUCCCAAACCGAAUAUUUCUGAC